CCCAAAUCCUAACAUCUAUCGCAACCAAAUCUGCAGUUAGUACAAGUAUGACAGAGGAUCUGAAGGAGAAGAUGGAUUUGAAAGCAAUGAUGCUAAAAAUGGAGGAAUUUGAGAUUUCAAAUCGUGAAUUAUUUCCGCCGGAAUAUGAUUUUUCCAAGGUGUGUUCCUGCAACGAAUGUUGUGCGAAAAUAAAGGUUCUGAAGGAAUUCGAGACAGACCUGCGGUCUAGAGCGGCAUAGUCCAAGCUCGUGUAGAUCUAGUGGGUCCAGAACGGUAAGCUUGUGGGAUCUUCUUAAUGGUCACCUUAAAAGGCUACACGAGAAGACAGGAGGCUCAUUGGAGAUUAAAAGAAGUAAAUCUGAAGAUUAUUUGAGGAAGAUAUAUUUUGAAAUUGUUAAAAAGCUAAUGGUUUAUGAAUUCAUAACUGAACGUGAUUUUAAAGAUGCCAGAAAUGCAAAGGUAUGGUGAUACUCUUUCUCUCAAACGCGACAUCAAAGCUGCUUUUCAUCUUUAAGAAGACACCCAAUUUAAGGAUGUCUGUUGGAUUCUCAACAAGAUUGAAGCCAUUGAACACAAGCAUGAACAGGACAAGAGAUAUGCUGAAGAAGAAGAAAAAAGAACGUUGGAUUUUUCAAUCUCCAAGAUGCACAUUGUCAACCAAAUCAAGUGUUUAGAGGAGUUGCCCAUUGGCUAGAUCCAUCAAGAAUUUCAAAAGGUUUUGCAAAGAGUUGAUCCCGAGAUUGUGAACCCGAUCUAUAGAGCGGAUGAUGUGGUCAAUGAAACUUACAAAAAAAUGAUUGGUAUCCAAAGGCAGUUUUGGAAACAGUAUGAAGGGACUGUUUCCCUCAGAAGCAACAAAGACCAGGGAGAAACACAGCUGGAGUGGAUUGAAGAAAGCACUCGAUUCAUUAGGCCGGCAGGCUGAUUGCUUUAACCAGCGGUGGAAGACGUCACUCCAUGUCAAGGAUCGGACCCUAAAAGGUUAAAGACAAGCACUGGAUGUGAGACAAUGGUGCCAUCUUCAUCAUCUCUUUUCAAGGGUUAAAGAGAUGCAUAGCGUAUGCAAUGAAAUUUGAUAUACCAGAUAUGGUUCUAUGUUAUCAUAUAACUGAAUUGUUGAGCUCUAUAUAGCUAGCUCCGUUUCAGAACAUCCAACUUAUGGGUUUUUUACAAGUAUAUUACUAAAAUAAAACUUAUUUAUUACUACAACGUAGUGUUGUGGUAACUUAAAGUUCAAAACUUGAAUAUGAAUUACUAUGAUUUCAUUACUACUCUAGUAACUAGUCAUAUUUUUGUAAACCAUCUUUAUUUUGGUCAUAUUUAUGUAAUUAUUUCAUUAUGGAAUAUUGCCAUUUUUUUAUUAUCGGAAUAUUGCCAUUUAAAAAAAAUGAGUAUUCAUUUUCCAAAUAAUUCUUAAUUAUACGACUUCAUUAUCUUAAACUUUGUGCAAAAUCAAUGGUGUUAUUAAAUGGUGAUAGAGGAGUACUAUAUAUAAUUAAUCAAUUUAUCUAUAAAAUAAAAAAGUACGUAGUAAUAAGUAAAGCAAAAAAACUAUUGCAAGUUUAUAAGGGCACGACAUAAAUUUGAUAAAUCCUUUAAAUUGCUUCGCAAAAAGAAUUACGGAGUAUGUAACUUUUGUAUUGGCCCAAACAAUAUUUCUUUCAAUUCUAGCUAUGCCACUGUUUACCACCUUAAGUUAUUUCUUUUCUAAAUGCAGAUGGCAGCCCAUUACUGGUUACCAAUUGUCAACCUUACUUUUGUUUUUUUUCAUUUAUUAAUUCCAAAGGUGAGUAAUGAUACUCUGUAUAAGCAGUAUGAUGACAAAAUUCAGUCUGGCAUAAUGUACUUGAACUUUUGGAGGCAACAUUUUCAAAAAGUUUUUGGAAAAUGGAAAGUUCUAUAGAACUUUUUGAGACAACUGUUUUUUUUCCUUUUGACAAUAGCUUUUAAGUUCUGUAUUUACAUAUCAUUCUUUGGAUCCAGUGACCUGUGCUCAUUUAGAUUAUAUUCAAGACUUGGUUUCUAUCUUUAUAUUUACAAAUAUUCAGCUCGAACUUCCUAUGAUCAUUUGAAUCCCCCAUCAAAAUGAAGUUCGGGAAGGAAUUUGCCUCCCAGAUGGUCCAAGAAUGGGGGGAAGCAUACAUAGAUUACAACCAUCUAAAACAAAUCCUAAAGCAAAUCCUAGAAUUCCGGAAGCGGAAUGCCAUGUCAUCGCCAUCAACCGUCUCACCAGGAACUCCAAAGAGUUCAAUAAAGAGAAGGUUGACAAUGUACAGAGCCUUCAGUGGACUGACAGAAAAUUCUCCAGCGAUCAAUCAUGAGGAUGAAGCGAUCUUAGUAAACACCAUGGGGCCGGAGGAUGGCAAGGAAGCACCACCUCACUACCAAACAAUGUUCCUUAAGUCAUCAGAAUCCGGAGGGGUCUAUGAGCUCGAGUAUUUCGAAAAAGUUGACAAUGAAUUCAACAAAGUCGUGAGUUUCUAUUCCCGAAAAGUGGAAGAUGUGAGGAAGGAAGCGGGUGAGCUGAGCAAACAAAUGGAUGCACUCAUUGCUCUUCGGGUCAUGGUGGAUAAACCCGUGAUGGGGCUCAAUGAAGAAGCUAAGUUGCAUUUAGCUGGCGCAAUUCAAGAAGAAGAUUUUAGGCCUGCCCCGUUGGGAGUGUUGAAUAACGUAAGAAUCAAUGUCAAACCCGAAACGCCAGUAUCCACUUUGGCAAGCGUGCUGAAGAUUUCAAAUUCUGAACUGAAGUACAAUAGAGUGGAGCUAAAGAAAGCUGAAGAUCAGCUGAAGAAGGCAUUCUUGGUGUUCUAUCAUGAGCUUAGGCUUCUUAAGGGAUACUGUUUCUUGAACACACUGGCCAUUUACAAGAUUAUGAAGAAGUAUGACAAGAUCACAUCAAGGAAAGCUUCAAGGGCAUACCUAGAGAUGGUUGAUAGAUCAUGUAUUGGAAGUUCUGAUGAGAUUACUAGACUGUUGGAAAGAACAGAAGCUACAUUCAUUAAGCAUUUCGCCAAUGGGAACCGAAGGAAAGGAAUGUCUUACUUAAGGCCACAAAAGAAACGCGAGAAACACAGAAAUACAUUCUUUCUUGGUUUGUUCUCAGGUUGCUCAUUAGCAUUGGUUGCAGCUAUUCUUGUUUCCAUUCGUGCUAGAAACCUUCUUGAACAUGAGGGGAGUGGUCAGUUUAUGGAUAACAUAUUUCCGCUUUACAGUUUGUUUGGAUUUGUCGUCCUACACUUGCUAGUGUAUGCUGUGGACAUAUACUGUUGGAGGAGAUGCCGGAUAAACUAUACCUUCAUAUUUGGCUUCAAGCAAGGAACAGAACUUGGUUAUAGGCAUGUUCUCCUCCUUGCUUCGGCCAUUUCCGUCCUUGCUUUGGCUGCUGUCCUCUCACACCUAGAUAUGGAAAUGGAUCCAAAAACAAGAAGUUUUAAGUUGCUUACUGAGUCGGUCCCGCUCGUCCUAAUUAGUGUUCUGUUUGCCAUAAUAUUCUGUCCUCUCAACAUUGUGUAUCGUUCAAACCGUUUCUUCCUCAUCAAAUGUGUGUGGCGUUGUAUUUGUGCCCCUCUUUUCAAGGUCACACUGCCUGAUUUCUUCUUGGCAGAUCAAUUUACAAGCCAGCUGACCUCCAAAUUCAUUUGGGACUAUGGCUUGGAUGUUGUUAUUGUUGUACUGGUAAUGGAGAAAAAGACAUGCAGUCAUGCACCUCAGCUUUACUAUCCACCGAAAAGGGCCUGGUUCUACCUGCUACCAGUAAGGAAUGGUAAACCAUUGGUUUGACCAACCACAAAAGAGGAAGAAACGCCCCGCAAGUCUGGUUCAGGCCAUCAGGAGUUUGGAAUUCUAUAUCUGUUAUUACGGAUGGGGAAACUUCAGGCAAAGAUCAAACAAAUGUCAACAGAGUGAUGUCUAUGAAAUCUUAUAUAUAAUUGUAGCAGUCAUCCCAUUCUGGAUUCGGUUACUUCAGUGCCUUCGUCGCUUUAUUGAGGAGAAAGAUCACAGCCAAGGGUUCAAUGGUCUGAAAUGCUUUUCAACAGUGGCUGCUCUGGUUCUAAGGACACUGUAUGAUCUAAACAAAGGAACAACACUGAGAGUUUUAGCCAUAGUCUUCUCUGGAAUUACCACAAUUGCCAAUACCUAUUGGGACAUUGUUAGAGAUUGGGGUCUAUUCCAAAAAGGUUCCAAAAACCCUUGGUUGAGGGACAAACUCCUUGUUUCAAACAAAGCAAUCUACUUUCUUGCAAUUGUAACGAAUAUGAUAUUGAGGCUUGUAUGGAUGCAAAUAGUUCUAGAUUUUAACCUGCCAUUUUUACAUAGAAAAGCCACAGCUGCAAUUGUUGCUUGUCUGGAAAUCAUUCGCCGAGGCAUCUGGAAUUUUUUCAGGUUGGAGAAUGAGCACCUGAAUAAUGUCGGAAAGUUUCGAGCAUUCAAGUCUGUGCCCCUGCCAUUUAACCAUGAAGACAAGAGCAUAUAGUAGCCAGCUACUUCAAUUUGCAUUCUUCUGCUUUAACCGUUUUUGUUGAUGGAUGUUCUUGGACUCUCAAUUCGACCCGCCUAAUCCCAUCUCUUGAUUGGCUACUUUUUUUUAUAUAUUUCAAAUUGGAUCGAUCUUUUGCUAUAGUCCCACUAAUCCUAGACUCCUAGUCCGAUUUAAAUGUCAAGCUUUGAGUUUUUUUAUGGGUUUUAUCAUUGGUUCGUUUAUGAUGUUUUAAAUUGGAAUCAAAGCUUUUGAUCGGGGUUCCGAUCUAGUCUGCUAAACGGUGGCACAAUCUAGUCUGCUAAACGUAACGCCACCUAUAUGGUGCAUGUAAAUUUUACUAUUAUGUAUAUAUAUGAUCUGUUUAAAUCUAUUUUAUUUAUUCUGAUCUA